AUGCCGUCACGAGCAAUGUUGGCGCCGGCUCCGGCGACGCUGCCGAUCGUUUCCUCUUUAGCCCCGGCGCCAUUGGAUAGGACAACGCGAGUCUUUCCACCGCUUGCAGCGGCUGGAGCCGGCGCCGGUUUCUCUCUCUUCAUCACUCUCUCCGUCUGUUUCUGUAAAUUCAGCCGGAAACGUCCUCCACCUCCGGCGGGAGACGACUCCACAUCCCCUCGGAGACAGCCGCCGCGUGAGUUCUCUUACUCGACCCUCCGCCGUGCCACCGCUUCUUUCUCGCCGGUGAAUCGGUUAGGUCAGGGCGGGUUCGGCGUCGUGUUCCGUGGAACUUUCUCCGGCGGCAAGAAUGUAGCCGUUAAGGUGAUGGAUUCAGAAUCUCUCCAAGGAGAAGGAGAGUUCCAGAACGAGCUGUUCUUCGCCGCCAAGCUUGACUCGCCUCGCGUGGUCCCCGUUAUUGGCUUCUCCCACGACCGGAAACGACGGCGUUUGCUUCUCGUUUACCAGCUCAUGGACAAUGGAAACCUCCAGGACGCGCUGCUUCACCGGAGAUGCCCCGAGCUCAUGGAUUGGAAUCGGAGAUUUAUGGUCGCGGUUAACAUUGCGGAAGGGAUCGAGCACCUUCACAGCCUUGAGCCACCAGUGAUUCAUGGCGAUAUAAAGCCUAGCAAUGUUCUGUUGGAUAAACUCUUCUCCGCCAAAAUCGCCGAUUUCGGUCUCGCGAGGCUGAAAUUGGACCAAGUGGAGAUCACGGUAGCACCGGAGCGUGAUGGCGGCGGAGAAAAGGCGGAGGAUUACGGAUCUGCCGUCGAAGAAGCAGAGAGUGUGAUGACUGCUGCGACUGGGUGUGAAGAUUUCAACUUUGGUUCGGUGGAUCAUCCGCCGGAAAGUGUCGCUAGAGUUCCUGGGUCUGUGACUGCUUCGCCGGAGACGGGAGUGGCGCCUCUGGCAUCGCCGGAGACGACGGCGACGGUUAUCUCCGUUUCCCCGGAAAUGGGGGAGAGCGAGAAGGAAGGUGGUAAUAUGAUCACAAGGAAGGGGAAAGAGAGUGAGAGCAAAGAUUGGUGGUGGAAGCAGGAGAGCAAUGUUGAUAGAGGGAAAGUGAAGGAUUAUGUGAUGCAAUGGAUUGGUUCAGAAGUAAAGAAGCAGAGAGUCCCGAGUAGCAUCGAUUGGAAUGAGGCGAUGGCGGCCACAGCUUCUUCUUCUUCGUCAAGUAAGAAGCUUGAGAAGAAGAGUAGCAAGAGACUAGACUGGUGGCUUUCACUGGAGGAAGAGAAUGAGAAGAAGAAGAAGACGAAGCGGAGGAUGGUUAGAGAGUGGUGGAAAGAUGAGUAUCGCAGAGAACUCUCUAAGAAGAAGAAGAAACAGAAGAAGAAGAAGAAGACUUUAGAAUCCGAUUUUUGCAGUGAUGAUGGGAGUAGUAGUGUGAGUCAAUGGCGGCGUGGUGGUAACAGUAAAGGUAGUAGCAUAGAUUGGUGGUUAGAUGGGUUAAGCGGUGAACGUUGGUCGAGAGCACGAGGCAAUAGCCAUGACUCGGUGAGCGGCGAGAUAGGUAAGAGCUGCGGAAUCAGUAGCACGCCGAGCAUGAGAGGAACAGUGUGCUACGCUGCUCCUGAGUACUGUAACGUAGACAGCAACAAUGUGUCUGAGAAAUGCGAUGUUUAUAGCUACGGUGUUCUGCUGUUAGUACUGGUUUCCGGGAGGCGUCCGUUGGAGAUGACGGGAUCUGCGAGUGAGAUCCAACGGGCAAACCUCAUGUCUUGGGCGAGGAAGCUGGCGAGAAGAGGGAAGCUUGUUGAUCUUGUGGACACAAAGUUGCAAAAUGUGAACCAAGAACAAGCAGUGUUGUGCAUAAAGGUGGCCUUGCAGUGUCUGCAAAGAUUGCCGGUUUCACGACCGUCGAUGAAAGAGGUUUUGCUGAUGCUUAAUGGAGAGGUGAGUCUGCCGGAGUUGCCUACUGAGUUCUCACCAUCGCCGCCGUUGAAGACGGUGAGGAAGCAGCGCCGUUGA